AUGGGUAAGGGCAGCCACAGCUCCGAGGGCCAUACGACGGCACAGCAGAUGCAAACGCAGCAACAGCAGCAGCUCGUGCCCCCACCGGCGGGUGGGGCGCCGGACGAGCUGCUGUCGCUCCCCAAAUACCGCGCUUUCCAGGCGCCAGACUUCAAUGCUGCCGAGUUUACCAGCAGUGUGCUGGCGACGUCGCGCACGAGUGCGCACGCUCAGGCGGAGGAGCUGCGCCAGGGCGUGCGGCAGCUCGAUGCAGCGCUUGCAGCUGCGGUGGUGUCGCGUCACAGCGAGCUGCUGGGCCAUGCGCGGCGCCUCUUGGACGCGGAUGCGGGCGCACAGGAGGUGGUGCUGUCGGUGGGCUCGCUGCAGGCUGCGGUGCGGCGCGUGCGCGCAGAGGUGGAGGGUCCCUACGUCGCGGUACUCCUCCAAACACGCCAGCUGCGCUCGCUGCACGCCACCAUCGAGCUGCUGCGCGCCCUCCUGCUGCGCCUCAAGCUCACCUCCAAGCUGCGGCAACAGCUGGACGCGCCGCCUGGCCAGCUGGAUUUGGCCAAGGCUGCCAAGCUGCUGGCAGACGUCGCGGCAGCCCCAGGCGGAGAGCAGCUAGACAGCGUGGCGCUGGCAGCAGCGGAUGCGCCGUUCUUAGAGCAGGCGGGCACGAGCAUUCGGGAUCAGGCGCAGGCGGCCCUGAGUGACGGCAUGGAGGCCAUGAGCCAGGCCAAGGUGGGGGCGGCCCUGCAGGUGUUCUUCAACCUGGGGGAGCUGCGGCCGGCGGUGGACAGCGUCAUCAGCCGCGCGGUGCACGAGCUGGACAAGGCGGCGCGCACGGCUCUGGACAGCAGGCACCUCAGCCUCAGCUUAGGGGCCACAGCAGGAGGCGGCGGCGGCCCAGGCGGCGCGCGGGGCGUGGCAUUGCCGCAGCCGGGUGCGGUGGGCAGCUGGCAGGAGAAGCUUUGGCAGGGGCUGCGCACAGUGUUUGAUACGCUGGUGGCGGGCGGCGUGGCGGUGUGGCACUUGCAGCGCGUUGCAGCAAAGAAGCGCGAUCCCCUCAGCCAUGUCCUCUUCCUUGAUGAAUUGGUGGCUGGCGAGGCCGGCGGUGCUGUUGCGCAGCUGCCGAGUGCCAAGUACUGGUACGAAGCGCUGCGUGUCCUGAGCGAUGCUCUCGGCGCGGCUGCCAAGCCCUCCAAGGGUGGAUUUGUGCGCGAGGCGCUGGCAGGUGGUUACCCAAAGCUGGUGGCAGCACUUGAGGCAGCAUUUGGGCGCCUGCAGCAGGACACACGCGUGCGUGGCGUGCCGCCAGCGGUGGCGCCUGAACAGCUGCAGUCCCUGCUGGCGGUUGCCGCGCCGUUUCGCGACGUCUACCUGGCGGCGGCCCUGGGGCGGCUGCAGGAUGUGGUGGGCGGCGCCUACCCCGGCGGUGGGCGCGCGCUGGCCUCGCCUGCCGACGUGCAGAAGGUGAUCGCCGCGAUGCACGGCGAGCUGCGUGGUGCAGGCAGCAGCCCGCAGCUGGCCGGCCAAGUGGCAGGGGUCGUAGGGAAGGCGCUGCAGCAGCUGGCGCAACGAGCAGAGUACAUGGCAGCGGCAGGCCCUGAGCUGCGGACGGUGGCGCUGGCACCUGGAGGCGGCGGGGCGUCGGCGGCGCAGCAGCGCAACAUCGCGCUCGCCUCACAGCUACAGGAGGUGCACAGGUCUCUCAUUACACUGCUGCCCCGCUUGCCAGCCCCCGUCACGGCUGCGCUGGAUGCUCCGUUGGUGGCGCUGCAUGUGGCGGCCCUGGACGCAGUGUCGCCCAUAUUCCGCGCCCUGGUGGAGGCCAUGGAGGCCAAGCUGGGCGGGAUGCACGCACUCCACCAGGCGCACCGCGACCGCGGCGGUGAUGGCGUUGAGGGCGGCAUGAUGGACACCAGUGGAUUCGUUGCAGAUGUUGCUGCCAGCCUCGGCUUCUUCAGGUCGGAGUACUUGAUGCGCUUCGCGCCGCCGCCCGUGCCGACGCCCUCCGCACCGUCUGCCACGGCGCAGCUGUGCGAGCGCAGCGCGGGGCGCCUGCUAGCGUACUUUGUGCGCCACGCGGCGCUGCUGCGGCCGCUCUCCCCCGCCGCCAAGCUGCAGCUGGCAAAGGACCUGGCGGAGCUGCAGGCUGGGGUGGGCCAGAGCCUGUGGCCCCUGGAGGCCCUGGGCCCGGCGGUGCGCGGCCUGCGCAGCUUCCGUGCGCUCCUCUUUGUGGAGGACGCCGCGCUUGAUCCCAGUGCGCCCCCGCUCAGGGAUUUGCCCGCGAGUGUGGUGCUGCACCACCUGUUUUCCAGGUGA